AUGUCAAACACCGCCGACGUCAAGAAGAGGUACGAAGUCGUGCGAGUUUUGCUGUCAGCUGUCUUCAACACGGUAAAAAGAAGGAUAGAGUUCAAUAUCAGUCCCAAACAUGCUCCAGCGUUAUCGCUGAUCCACAGAGCUACUAGAAGGCUGUUCAUACAAGAAAAGGGAUCUGUAAGUAGUGGGUAUGAGAAAACGGGGCGUAUUUUUAUUUUUUAAUUCUUAAAUUAAAAACAGCUCGAAGGCGGCGAGGGAAUAAUAAAGAUUAUGGCGAUUUUUUGCGGCAUUUAUGUUCUAAUAACAAGCUUUAUUACCAAAGAAAGCUUCUAGCGAAAACACCGUUAUCGUAAAUAUAUCCCUGCUCUGGUCGUAUUUCAGUCUGACGGGAAAACACCGUCGCAUCGAAAACCAGCGACAUUGCUCUAUUUUCCCGACAGUCAAUAUGUGCAUACAGAAGAGGACUGGCUAUUCCGAAAAAAUGUCAUCAUCCGAGAUUGCAAAAUUUCUUAUGACCUGUGA